AAUUAAUGGACGCAGACAUAUUCCGAGAGAUGUUUCCUUCAGAUUAUAUGAAAAGAUUUUUGGAGAAAAAUGUUAGAAUAGACGGGAGAUAAUUUAACUAGCCCAGGUAGAUUGUUGUUGAAUUUGGAGAAGGAUUAACUAACUAUUAGUAUGCGGAUUGCUUUAUUUCAGUCAAACAUGUGAUUCGAGAGAUAGAGUUAAAGGAAGUGGAUCUAAAUUAGUGCAUUAGUAUUAGUAUGUAAUGAGACUAAGGAUUGUCAAUUAUUAUGGAUAAUCAGGAGGAAUUAAGUAAUAUAGAUAAGGUCAGAAUCGAAAAGCACUACCUAAAUUAAAUUUAAGAUGUCGUACUCCAGAUUGUGGAUCCUCAAAGAUUGAGAAAUCAAAAUGGCAAAGUUUAAUAAAUUGAAUUAUAAAUCAGAGUGGCUGGGGCUGAUGGAUCAUUAUUGUCCCAUCUGAUCACCUUUGUUUCGUUUUCCUUAUAGCAAAGUAAAUUUGAGUGAUUAAAUAUCUUAGUUAAGCAUUUCGAGACUCAAAAUUCAAUAGUGUGCAAGGAGAUCAAAUGUUAAACUUUUGCUGUGUUUGAAGGUCACAUUUUUAUAGACCCCUCUGAUUUUGAGGAGAAGAAUUCAUCGGUUAUUUCAGUGAUCCACAUCUAAGGAGAUGAGCAAUUCAUUCUGAAGAAACAUGACGGCAAACCACUGAAUUAUAAUUUAAUAUAAUAAGUUAUUUAAUUAUUUUGA